UUGCGCAAUCCUGAGCAUGGCGGCAUAUCGCUUACGCCCCGAUGUAUCGCAUCGGUGGAUGCCACAAAAUCUUAUAUCGACCAACACACAUACAGUACAGGUGCAGUUUUCCUGUGUUUAUAAAAAUUGCAUUCAGAGCCAAAUAAAUAGCUGCAGCGGAGAUUAAGGUGACGGAGAUGAGACCAGAGGACUCCUUGGCCAUCUGAAAUUACCGCCGGAGUUAUCCAGCUUGCACAUCGUUGUGUGCAUUUUCUGAAGGCUUCAACCAGAGAGAAAAGCUAUUUUUACCGGCAGGCGUCUAGUGGAGACAUCAACAAUGUCGCCGCCACGUAGCUUCAAUCGGGGAUUCGGUGGUGGAGGAGUGCAUGCCGGUCGCGUGGAUAGACACAGCAGACGGAGCAGUCCUCGGCGAAGAACCGGUGGAUUCAAUCGCGGUGGGGCAUCGUCUUCCAAUGGCGAGUUUUCUGAUUUGCGAGGUGUUAACUGGAGCAAUGUACAGCUGGCUCCCUUCGAAAAGAAGUUCUAUAGGGAGCACCCAACGACGGGCAAUCGUCCGGCCCAGGAAGUGGAACGCUACCGGGCCCAGCAUGAGAUUACGGUUCGCGGCGAGGCGCCCAAUCCCAUACAGCACUUUGACGAAGUCUGUUUCCCUGACUACUGCAUGAGCGAGAUACGGCGGCAGCGGUACUCGGAGCCCACACCCAUACAGGCCCAGGCCUGGCCCAUUGCCAUGUCGGGUCACAACCUGGUCGGGAUAGCCAAGACUGGCUCCGGGAAGACGCUGGCCUUCAUUCUGCCCGCCAUUUUGCACAUAAAUGGGCAGCAGCGCCUGCAACGAGGCGAUGGCCCUAUCGCCCUGGUGCUAGCCCCUACGCGGGAGCUAGCCCAGCAGAUUCAGGCGGUGGCCAACGAUUUCGGGUCGACUGCCUAUGUGCGCAACACCUGUGUCUUUGGUGGAGCGCCGCGCUCCAGGCAGGCCAAUGACCUGGAGCGCGGUGUGGAGAUUGUCAUUGCAACGCCGGGAAGAUUACUCGAUUUCCUGCAAGCCGGAGCCACCAAUCUCCGACGCUGCACCUACCUGGUGCUAGACGAGGCUGACCGCAUGCUGGACAUGGGAUUCGAGCAGCAGAUUCGCAAGAUACUGGGUCAGAUACGGCCAGACAGGCAGAUACUCAUGUGGAGUGCCACUUGGCCCAAGGAGGUGCGCCAGUUGGCCGAGGACUUUCUGGGUAGCUACAUACAGAUUAAUAUCGGAUCCUUGGAACUGUCGGCCAACCACAACAUACGGCAGUACGUGGAGGUGUGUGGGGAGCACGAAAAGGGCUCCAAGCUGAAGGAGCUGCUCUCGCACAUCUACGACCAGCCGAGCGCACCCGGAAAGAUUAUCAUCUUCGUGGCCACCAAGAAGAAGGUCGACGAACUGGCCCGCUUCAUCAAUGCCUUUGGGGUGGGCGUAGGAUCCAUCCAUGGUGACAAGUCGCAGGUUGACCGCGACAGCGUACUGAACGACUUCCGAAGCGGACGAGCAAAUAUUCUCGUGGCCACCGAUGUGGCUGCCCGCGGCCUCGAUGUUGAUGGUAUUAAGUACGUCAUUAACUUUGAUUUCCCACAAUCCUCGGAGGACUAUGUGCACCGGAUUGGACGCACUGGACGAAAGCACUCGACGGGCACAUCGUACGCCUUUUUCACGCGCAAGAAUGCCAAAUGCGCUCGUCCUCUCAUCGAUAUACUCCGCGAGGCCAAUCAGAAUGUUAAUCCGGAGUUGGAGAGCCUGGCUCGUGAUUCGGGUGGUCGCGACCGCCAUCGCGGAGGCAGAGGCUCCAUGCGAAAUAAUGGUGGUGGUUCUUUUGGAAGAUAUAACCAUAGCAGCGGCAGAUCGAGCGGCUUUAACAGUUUCAACAGUAACAAUGCCGACAGAUUCGGAGGCAGAUCAUCCGGUGGAUUCAGUAGUUCGGGCUUUGGAAACAGUUCAGGCAGAAGUUUCUCCUCCAAUGUAAAUUCAAAUAAUAGAGGAGGUGCCUUUUCAAGCGCUUCCACCAGCUCGAACUUUGGUAGUGGCCAUUUGGGCUUAUCGCUCAGCAAGUCUGAACACCAUUAGUUUAG